UCAACGACUUGACUCCAGCAGUGAACUGGUGACUGUAUACAUAAUGAGGACCUGAUUACAUUCAUGCAGUAAUUGAUAUUACACAUACGCAGACAUACACACAUUAAAGUCAAGUGGUGUUGGUGUGUAGUAAAUACUUAUAUAGCUUAAACCACAAUUAUUUAUUACUUUUGCCUGGCGUGAUGUUAUCCGCAAUUCCCAAAUGUGUUCGCACAUUUGCUGCUAGAGAUUCUCUACAGCAUAUCUGGAGGAGCAACAGAUUAUUCGCGACAAUGGGUGGAGACAGUUAUACUUUAAAAUACUUUAAUUUUCGCGUGUUGGGCGAGCCGAUAAGAUGGCAAUUUGCACUCGCCGGUGUUCCCUUUACGGAUCAACGGAUCGCACGAGAUGAAGCUUGGGACGCUGAAGUGAAAUACAAAAUCGGAUGGGGUCGCCUUCCCCUUUUGGUCAUUGGCGAAAAGACUGAAAUUUCCCAAUCCGCAGCUAUAUCUCGGCAUCUUGCGACAAAAUAUGGUCUCAUGCCGACAAAUGAGUUGCACAAAACUCGGUGCGACGAGUUGGUCGACAAUCUUCAGGACAUGAGAUUAUUGUGGAGACCAUACAUCCGAGAAAGCGACCCCGUCAAGAAGAAAAUACUCGAGAAGGAGAUGGUUGAGGUCAACUUUCCCUUCUAUCUCCCCAGAUUUGAGGACUUCAUCAAGAAAAUGGGUGGCAAGGAAGGUUACGCUGUGGGCGACAGUUUGACCUGGGCUGACCUUUAUUUGGCCAAUUUCAUCGAAAUCUGGACCGAUAAUCAUGGCAAGGAGUUGAUCGCGUCGUAUCCUCUGUUGCAACAGCACAUGAAGAAGAUAUUGGACAUUCCUCAAAUCAAGGAGUGGAAUGCCAAACGACCAGUAACAAAAUUCUAAAAUGGGUUUCAUUUCGAAAUAAAAAUUCACAAUUUAUUGGAAAAAAGUGUUCAAUUACAUUAAAAACUCAAUUGUUAAAUACAAAACCAGUUUAAAACAAGUA